AUAAAACGCCGAACCGACGUCCGGCCCGGGUCCCUCAGUCCUGGGAGCGAAUACUGACAGAGCAGCAGCGCUCUUUUUUUAUCAGGAAGAAGGCGUGGGAGCCCAGCGAAGGAUAUAAGCCCCUGGACCAUCAUGAGAGGCCUGAUUUUCCUGCUCGCCACAGCGGUGACCUGUAGAGCCGCGUACGUCGGUCCAUCCCCGUACGGGAGUCCCUUGGUCCACCCCCAGUCCCAGCAGAUCGCCCCGAGCUUCGCGCCACCGGCUCCGGUCGGCGAGGACGGAAACGUCAUCGACACGCCGGAAGUGGCACAGGCGAAGGCCGCGCACUUUGCCGAAUUCGCGAGGGCCGCCGCCCGCGCGGUCCAGGACGAGAAGAAUCAGCAACAGCCGUCCGGUUACAAUCCGCACGUCUCGUCUCCGACUUACAGCUACCCAGCGGCCGUUCAACCUACGGCAGUGCCCUAUCAGAGACAGGCCGGCGAUUAUCAGCGACCUACUCCGAUCUAUCAGACGGUGAAUCAUGUGCCGGCGCCGCCAGUCUACGCGCCGGUCAGCUAUCAGCAUCUCCAGCAAUACGACGCUCGGGCAAAUUUCGUGGACCAGAAGGGUUACGCGCUACCCGCCAAGACCACUACCUUCGUGCCGGCGCCGUUAGCCGAGGACGGGACGGUCGUAGACACACCGGAAGUGGCAGCCCUGAAGGCUGCCAGACUGGCCGAGCUCGCCGAGGCCGAGGCUCGGGCCUACAAGCACGCGAGCGCUCAUCCGAACGAGGACCAGGGUCAAGCUUAUUCUGGAUCGCCGGCCGGUCCCGCUCCCGUCAACUACAAUUCUAAUCUAGGACAUUACGGUGCUUCCCAACAAUUUUCAGGAUCCUCGUAUCCUGGAACUCAGCCUUACGCCACGCAACAAGCGUACAAUCCGUCGUCGGGUUACCAGCCUCAGCGUUAUCAGUCCCAGCGUCUGAUAGGAACCUACUGAUCUUGGCGCGAAUCUGUACAUACUCUAGAUUAAUAAAUUGUUUUCCUCUUCUCUCUAUGGACUUUUAUUUUAGAUUCACCUUUUUAAUCACUUUUUUCUUACGAUAUGUUCAUUGCAAAUACUUGUAUUGUGCCUUUUCUUCAAACACCCGAUAAUUGUGAUAUAUAAAGACUGCUGAAUAAAGAUUUGAUGG